AUGGCGACGGUGGGCACCGGUCGCAGGGUCGACGGUGGUGAUCUAACGUUUGCCUGCCCGUCACCGGUCGUGCGUCCGCGCCUGCGCAUCUGCGUACUUGGAAACAAACAGAGACCGCCAUCCCCUCCUCGAUCCCCUCCACCUUCCUGCGAACGCACGCGCCUCGCCUCCUCACCUCGCCCGCAAGCCUCGCCCUCCAGGCUCCAGCGCCGUCCGCCGCACUCUCGCCUCGCCCGCCGAGCGCCGGCUCGACUCGCCUGCCGAGCCCCUCGCCCGCCGAGCCCCGUCCGCCGCCGAGCGCCUCGACCGCCGAGCGCCGUCCGCCGCUCUCGCCUCGCCCGCCGAGCCCCGUCCGCCGCUCUCGCCUGCGAGCCUCGCUCGCCAGCGCCGUCCGCCGCUCUCGCCUCCGAGCGCCGCCUCGCCUCGCCCGCCGAGCGCCGUCCGCCGCUCUCGCCUCGCCCGUCAAGCGCCGUCCCUCCACGCGCCUCGGUGGUCGCCGUCCGCCUAGCGCCGUCCGCCGCGAGACCGGCCUGCCAACCGAAACCCUGUACCGCCGACCAUCAGAGGCACUCAUCUCAUGACACUCGAGCACCUGCAGCCCCAUCCCCACGCCACCGAGCGCUAGGCCACCGCCCGACGGCGCCCCUGUCCCUCGGACUUUCAGAUCGCCGAUGCUCAAGCGACCAAACUCGACGAGUUGAGAGUUUAAAGAUAAGAGCGGCGGGACUUGCAGCGUUAAACAGACGGAGUGGGCUUCUGGGCCUUUUCCACAGCGCAAGCAGAAGCAAUCACGGACUGCAGAAGCAAGCAGAAGCCCUCUCUUCCUCUCUUGGACUCUCGCUCCUGCUUUCCAACACCCUACACCUAGCGGCCGCUCAGCCCCGGAGCUCCCAUCCUUCUGCCCGUGUGUCGGAGUGUGGUCCUUCUAGAAAAGGUACUAAAGUUAUUUGUUUCAAAAGGAGUUUUCUGCCCCUAACCCUCCUGAACCUGAGAAAUAGAGGGAGUUGUGUGAUCCAUUGGUCUUUUGAUCAUUCUACUACCACUCUUCAAAAUUAUAGAUCUCUCAAGCUCGUGCAGGCUUGAUGGGAGCACUCCAUCUUCUGAACGGCAGAAUCUUGUGGAGAUGUUUAAUGACCGUGAAAACACAUGAGAGAAAUGCACGUUGAUAUCAACUUGUGUUGGAUCCCUAGGUAUCAACCUUCAUGCUGCAAAUCACGUGGUUCUUUUGGAUGGAUCAUAGAAUCCAACACAUGAUCUGCAAGCCAUUUAUCAGGUUUGGAGGCAAGAACUUGUCAUUUGUUUAUUUCUUGUGUGGGGAUGUUCUUUCCAGGUAUGGCCAGACCAAACCUGUGUAUGCCUAUCGCCUAAUGGCACAUCGAACAAUGGAAGAGAAAAUAUAUAAGCGCCGGGUAAUUUUGCAUUUUUUUCUUCUUUUGGUUUUGAGUUCUCAGUUUUAGUUAACCAAGUCAUUCUCUUGUAUCUGGUAGAUAUUGCUCCAUCCUUGUUUGAAAUCAAUUCAUGUCGAGUAUUAAUAGGUGACAAAAGAAGGCAUUGCAGCUAUGAUCCCUAGAGUAUCACCUUGCUCAUCAGUCAUCAAAAGUUGGAAUUUCUCAACAAUUCUUGCUAAUCCUUUGAAUCUAUGUGUUACAUAUAAAUUUGCAUCAUGAUAAAAUAAAUAUUUUAUCAAGUUCUAAUUGCAUGGAUUUCUAAUUAUAGCAUACUGUUUUCAUAUUUCUCACACAUAUACGACACAAUGAGCUGAUGAAUGAAUUUGGAAGCUGCACUUGGGCCUUUGUCUGCACAUAGUGAGGAUUACUGCACUGUAUCGUGCCUGAAAAGAUAGAAGCCCGUAACUGUUGCCAAGUUACAAAAAAUGUUGGACGAAAGGCUCGAGUAGAGGGAAGCUUACAUGGCAAAAGAUAUUCGUAAACUAUAUUUUUUUUGUCCUGGCACAUAUUCCUCAAGUUGUUUUGAUCUCUGAAUCCUUGUAUCAAAUGCCCCUAUAAAGAUUUGUCCUAUCCAAAUGACAUGAACUACUAUACUGUGUUGUGCAGAAUUGGUUCUGGAUGCAAAAAAUGAUAUUUGGUUAUUAACUUCAAUCUUGUUC